AAAAAGUGAAGAAUCGGUGAGAGAGGAGAGAAGAGGGUAAAAAAGUUAACCGGUAUAACCGGGUGUAGCCGGUGGAAGUGGGGGAGAGGAAUUUGAGUUUUGGGUUUCAGAAAAAACGGGAAAGUAUAUCAAGGGGUCUGAAGGACAACAGGGCUUUUUGGCAGAGACCGAAAAAUUGUUAGCCACUCUCUCUCUCUCUCUUUCUCACCUUUUAUCUUCUUCUUUCUUUCACCUCCAAAUUUUUGGUUUUUCUUUUGAGUAAUUAGUGGUGGAAACGGCAAGCUUAGCUCUCAGUCUCCGGUGAUUUUUCCUGGUGAUAUAUAUAUUUGUGUAUAUAUUUUAACCAAAAAAAAAAAAUUGUCAUUUUGUUAGUUUUUGUUUUUAUCAUUUGCAGUGGUAAGGUAGAAAUUAAGUGAGAAAGUGAGUGAAUUAAUUUACAGAAAGAAAAAGGAAAGGUGUGGGACCGAUCGAAAUGGAGUUCGAAGAUCAAGAAGAACACGAGGAAGAGAUGGAGUUGGCGGCGAGUUACGACUCCCUCGGCAACUCAGGAACUCGGGUGAAAAUGCCAACACCAGGAGGCGGUGGAACGGAAGGUGGAGGAGCAGCGGCUCAAGCUCAGCCGAGGAAGCCCAGGUACAGAGAGUGCCUCAAAAACCACGCCGUCGGAAUCGGAGGCCAUGCCCUCGACGGCUGCGGGGAGUUCAUGGCCGCAGGAGCUGAAGGCUCCCUCGACGCUCUCAAAUGCGCCGCCUGUAACUGCCACCGUAACUUCCACCGAAAGGAGACAGAUUCCGCUUCCGCCGCGGGAGGAGGGGUUGGGCUCGGAGACCCAUACAGCCUGGUACCCCACUAUGCCCCACCGCAAUUCUCGCCGUAUUACCGAACACCAACGGGGUACCUCCACGUGGCGCCACACCAUAGGCCUUUGGCGUUGCCGUCGACGUCAGGAGGCGGAGGCAGUCACAGCCGCGAAGACCAAGAGGAUAUAUCGAAUCCGAGCGGCGGAGGAGGAGGUGCUGGAGCAGGAAGCGGAGGAUUCGGGUCGUCGGCGAAGAAGAGGUUUCGGACGAAGUUCACGCAGGAGCAGAAGGACAGGAUGCUGGCUUUGGCGGAGAGGCUGGGAUGGAGGAUUCAGAAACAAGACGAGGCGGUGGUCCAGCAGUUCUGCAACGAGACAGGGUUGAAGCGUCACGUGCUCAAGGUUUGGAUGCAUAACAACAAGCACACUUGGGGAAGAGACUUCAUUUCGGGUUUGGAAGCAUUCUCUGGAUGUUAUUCAAUGAGGUUGGACCAGGAAUUCCCAUUUGAAGGGUUUUGAUAUAAAAGAGGUGGGAUUGUUUUGGAGUCCCUUUAAUAGUCCUAAAUAAGGUGUUUGGUGUUUCAAGUUUUGCUAACAAGUUAUACUUUUAUUGGUAUUUUUUUUUUUUUUUAUAUAUAUUUGCUUAUUUAAUUUUUCUGAUAGUUUUAAGCUUACCUUACCUGCAAGUAAAAAAAUAAGCUCUUGAUGAUCAUGAAGAUGCUUUGCUUGUUUUGGGGGAACCGCUGUACCAGUUAAAGCUGAGCGAUAGACUGUGGUCCACAUUUGGAAAUCAUGGUCAAAGUUAGCUGGAUAUCAGACAGUAAAUCAAAAAUCAUCAUCUAUUUCAAAGAAUAUGCUUAAUUUGAUUUAAAUGUCUUUGUUCUUAAUUUGGAUAUAUUCAAAGAAAUUGAAUCGGGAAAGUAUCUCGAACUAGUUAAAAUGUCAUCAUUAUAUAUCUAUAUAUAUAUAU